UUAUAUAAACAAGUUGGUAGGUGGUGGGAAAGAGAAGUUGGUGGGUGAGGUUGGAGUUGGAAUUCCAAGCGAUGGCGAUGGCGGUGUAUACGACGGUGAUGGAGGAGAUAACAGGGUACACCGGGCUAUCACCGGCGGCCUUUUUCACAAUUCUGGCUCUCAUGGUUAUGGUCUACACAACGGUGUGCGGCAUGUUCGUCGCUCCCGAAGAUUUCAAUAAGCCCCCCGUUGUGAUGGCCAACAACUUGAGCUCCAACAUUUUAAACAUGAACAAUUCUACUGCUAAGCCGCUCCAGCUGGGAGAAGUUACUGAGCAUCAACUCAAGGCUUACGACGGUUCUGACCCCAAUAAGCCCAUCUUGAUCGCCAUCAAAGGCCAGAUCUACGACGUCUCUGCCUCCAGGAUGUUUUAUGGUCCGGGUGGGGCGUAUGCAAUGUUUGCUGGAAGGGAGGCCAGCAGAGCCCUUGCGCUUCUGUCUUUCAAGCCCCAGGACAUCAAUGGUAACCUUGAAGGUCUGGAUGCAUCGGAGCUUGAUAUUUUACAGGACUGGGAAGAUAAAUUCAUGGACAAAUAUGUGAAAGUAGGCCACCUAGCUAGCUAGCUAGUCCCACAACCAACCAGGGCCACCCCAGUGACUCACAGCUAAAUUUAAUCUGUUGGUGAACUGAUCAUGUACAAAAAAAAAAUGCUGAAAUUUUCAUCAUGUUCUUUUUUUCCCCUGACCCCUCCCUCCAUCAGCCUUCUGCUCUUUUGUGUUUUAUUAUUACUGCUGUAUAGCUGUAAACUGAGCUCAAUAUGUGAGACCCCUAAAAUAAAUCUCUUUAAGCUAAGCUACCAUUUCCUUC